UCCCAACACCGAUUCUGGAGACGCAUCCAUAAUUUGAUAUUUGGCCGAGAAUUGCAGUAUUUCGCAAUAUGCGCUGAGGAUUGUAUUCAAAAUCCGUUUGAACCGUUGUGAAGAUGAUGAAAUAUUCUUCAACUCCCAACGUACUUUGCUCUCUUGUGUGCUGAUUUCGAAUCUCAUCGCGGCGCGCCAUAUAAAUGAUAGCAUUGAUAAAUACCCCUCAUCCACAGGGCUCGGGACUAGUUCAAGCAGCUACCUACUCGCGUUCAUCAGUCUUCGACAUGACUACGUACGAUGCGGAUCGGCGUGUAUGGAGUGGUCCCCGGAGUCAACCAUUGUUCGAUCCUCGGCGAAGCCUCGGUGAUGUUGUCAUGGAGCUGCUGAGUCGCAACACGGAUAAACCGGUUCUGAUUGACGGCGACAGUGGACGGGUGCUGACCCGUGGCGAUGUGCGGUCCAGAGCCGUUCGAAUUGCCCAAAAUUUGCGGGAUAAGUUUGACCUCAACAGCGGGACGGAUGAAAUCGUAACGGUCGCCGCACUGGCAAAUGAGAAUCUGGUUCCGUUGCUGGUGGCCCUGCAGUUCCUGGCUGUGCCGUACAAUGCGCUCUAUCCUCAGUAUAGUGAGGAAGAAAUGGGCCAUAUGAUGCGGCAAACGCAAUCUCGCUUGAUAUUUUGUGAUUCCGAAAAUUACUCCGUGGUGAAGGAGGCAGCAGGGAAGGCCAUCAAUCAAGAUGUAGUAUUUUUUAUAAUGAAUGAGGAUAUUGAAGGAACGCGAUCGGUGCUGGAACUUCUGGACGAAACUGGCAUUGAGGAUGAAUUCGUCCCAGUAGAAGUGGAGGAUACGACCAAAGCCGUGUGGAGUAUUUUCUGCUCUUCCGGUACGACGGGUGUACCGAAAGGAAUUUGCCUAUCGCAUGCCAACAGGACGUCAUCAUAUGUUCCUCAACCACUCUCCAACUUACGGAUCUUAUCGUUGGGAUCGAUCCACUGGAUCAGCGUUGCCUAUAGCUACGAUAUGGCUCUGUUUUACGACAGUGUGCUUAUCUUCACCCGGAAACCAUUUUCGGCUGAACUUUUCUUCGACCUGAUGGACAAGUAUCGAUUCAAUGCCAUCAAUGGACAGCCACUGUACGCCACUUCAGUGACAAAUCAUCCAUUGGCUAAAAGCGCUGAUUUAUCAUCAAUGGCUCUGUGGGGAAUCGGCGGGUAUUUUGUGUCUGAUAGCGUACGGGAUGCCGUGGAUGCCAUACUUCCAAACGGAAAGUCCUACACGAUCUACGCCAACUCGGAGUGUGGACUGAUUGCAAUGGACGUUUUCCAACGGAAACGAGGAGCCGUUGGAACCGUGAGCUCAAACAUGGAGAUUCGUGUUGUUGAUGACGAUGGCAAUUUGCUUGAGGUUGGAGAAAGCGGAGAACUUCUGUUCAAAAGAUCGACUCCGUUUCUCGGUUACUUAAACAAUGAGGGAGCCACGAAAGCAGCACUCGAUGAGGAUGGCUGGUUCCGGUCCGGAGAUACGGGAUACUUCGACGAGGAAGGUUUUUUGUAUUUGGGAGAACGCAAGAGUGAAGUUUUCAAAUAUAUUGAUCAUGUGCCUCCGAUGCUACUAGAGGGAAUAAUAGCCCAAAUUGAGGGUGUCGAGCGAGUUUGCGUGAUUGGGCUGCCGUUGGAGGACAAAAGUGGGGAGUUGCCAACUGCCGUUGUCGUUAAAAAAGAAGGAAGCACGCUAUCCGGAGACGAAAUCGCUGAGUAUGUAGCUGAACGUGUGAGAGAUCAUAUGAAGCUUCGCGGGGGAGUGCAUUUCGUCGAUGAGCUUCCAUUGACGAGUAAAGGUAGCGUCAAACGGAAGGAAGUGAAAAAAAAUAUUUUAGAUAAGAUAAAUUUAUUGCAUUAAAGUAUCUUAUCAUUAUUAGCCCACUUGAAAUUGUUUCCCAAUGAUUAUAUGAACAGUUGUUAACUGAAGUAGAUGGCGCUUCAUUACAUAACUAAAAACAAACAAUAAAUUGAACCUGAGCUGCA